UUUGCAUAAACAUCAUUCGCGCUGAAAUCAAUGUGACACGCUACAAGUGAUAAGUGAGAUUUCGUCGAAACAACCAUGAAACUCUACAUCGUUCUUUGCGUCUUUGUUAUCAUCGGCUACAUCUCUACGGUCAGCAGCGUCCCGUACGCAGCCUACGAUGGACCAACUUACGAAUUAAAGCGCAUACAGGAGCGUGACGCUGAUCCCGAUGACAUUAUGCCGGAUGCCGAUCUCGACGAUUCACUCAGCCGACCACGCAGAGUAACCUGCGACGUUCUCUCGUGGCAAUCAAAAUGGUUUAGCUUUAAUCAUUCAGCUUGCGCUCUCAGGUGCCUGACUCAGAAACGUAGAGGUGGUAGGUGCCAAAAUGGUGUCUGCGUUUGCAGAUAGAGGAUAGGGGAUAAAACUUCUGACGACAAACGGCUCCCUGAACAUAUCAUACUCUUCGGCUUUUUGUAUUCGAUACUUCAUGCUUGCUGUAACUUUUCAAACCCUCGAUUUUGAUUUUGAUUUAAAACCAGAAGAACACUAUGUAUCCGUAUAAACGCGAAGUGUAAAAUUUGAAAUUAAAGAAACAUUUUUCAUGUGAA